AUGAGUGUCGCGCAGAAUGGCAGCAGCUCGGAGCUGACCAUGGCUGUGCUCGGAUGCGGCACCAUGGGCAUCGCAAUCCUGUCGGGCAUCCUCGCCUCGCUCGACGAGAAGCAAGACGCCGCCGCCACCAAGCCCUCCGCCUCGGGCACGUCCACGCCGCUCUACGAAACCUCCCCCACCACGCGCCUCCCCUCGCGCUUCAUCGCCUGCGUGCGCCGUCCCGAGUCCGUCAAGAAACUCAAGUCGACCUUCGCGAGCCACCUCGACGUGGUCACCAUCGCGCAGAACCGCAACGUACCCUCGGUGCAACAAGCCGACGUCGUCAUCCUCGCCUGCAAGCCCUACAUGGUGCAGGACGUGCUCUCGGAGCCGGGCAUGGCCUCUGCGCUGGAGGGCAAGCUGCUGAUCAGCAUCCUGGCCGGCGUGCCCGAGACGCAGCUGGAGAGCACGCUAGCAGCCGCCAACGGCGGGAACCCAGUCCGGGAUUGCCGCGUCGUGCGCGCCAUGCCCAACACGGCGUCGCUCAUCCGCGAGAGCAUGACGGUGAUCGGCAUCUCCAACCCGCCGCUGGACCCGGACACGCUGGGGCUGGUGACGUGGAUCUUCAAGCGCAUCGGCGAGGUCGUGUACCUGCCGCCGUCGACGAUGGACGUGUGCACGUCCCUGUGCGGGUCCGGGCCGGCCUUCUUCGCGCUGAUGCUCGAGGCCGCCAUCGACGGCGCCGUGGCGAUGGGGCUGCCGCGCGCCGAGGCGCAGAAGAUGGCCGCGCAGACUAUGAAGGGCGCCGCCGGCUUAGUGCUGAACGGGGACCAUCCUGCGCUGCUGAGGGAUAAGGUCAGCACGCCCGGCGGUUGUACGAUCGGCGGCUUGUUGGUGCUUGAGGAGGGGAGGGUCCGGGGGACGGUUGCGCGGGCGGUGCGGGAGGCCACCGUCGUGGCCAGCCAGCUCGGGAAAGGCGUGCAGGGAGUGAACGGGACGAGGUUUCCGAGUAACCAAUUCCAGUAG